AUGCAGUUGCAGAGAGUGCCGGAGCUGCAGAAUGAAGUUUUGACACUGACGGUGUCGCGUAAAGAAGCAAUGUCGGAAGCUCAGGUGCAGAAAGGAUCAUUCAAAUCGUUAUCAGAAGAAUAUGAGAAACUAAAACGGGAGCGAGUUGCUAUGGUGGAGAAACUUUCUUACCAGCGCGAAGUGCAGUCGGAAGCAGAGCUUUGCAGGAUGAAGAAAAAUGCGUUGGAGGAGAAAGUCCUGAGGCUCGAAGGCGAUCUGAUGGCAAGAGACCAGGUAUGUGUCCAGAAAGCUGAGAUGAGACACGAGCUUAGUCGAAUGCAGAUAUCAAAUAGCCAACUCUUAAUGAAAGUGAAGCAGCUCGAAGAGGUAAGAGAGCAUUUACAGAGCAAGUUGCAGUUCUGCGAAGACGGGACUAGACAAAGUCAUAGGAAAUCGAAUUCAGAGACUUGGUGUUCUGAGUAUUAUCGAUCACAGACCAGCGACCCCACAAAGGUUCAUAACCACAACAAAGUUCAGCGCGAACUUCAGGAGCCAGAGUCAACACAGUUUCAAAUAGAGGAAAAGGACUAUGAAUCGACAGAUGGACUUACAAUGAAUGAGGCUGGCGAAGCUCAGAAGGCCGAGAGCAUUUGUGAAGUGCGAGUUCAGGCAAUUGUUUCGAAGGAAGCAGAAUCCAGAGAAACAAGUGACGAUGCAGAAGCCCAACAAAAGAUAUUGCUGCUUGAGGCAGAGCUUCAAGAAAUACAGGAUCGGUACCUGCAAAUGAGCCUAAAAUAUGCACAAGCGGAGGCGCGGAGAGAAGGGCUUGUUAUGAAGCUGAAAGCUCUGAGCACUUAGAGCUGCUUCAGUCUACAAUAGUCGCUACACGAUCUUAUCGUUAAUGUUAACUAUUGCAACACUAGUUUCAAAGAUUUCAAUGUAAGAACCCCACUUCACAUAUACAACGUAAUUUUGAGUCACAAUUCGCACAAAAUAAGUUAAAAAGGCACUUGGCGAAGAAAAUAAGAGCAACAAUAGAAAAAAGGGUGCAUUCAACGGUUCAACCUUUCUA